AUGCCGCCCUCGCCCCUCCCCGCCGUGCCAGAGGUUGGCAGCGUUCGAUUCUGCGUCAGCUGGUUCAGGGCAAGUCUGGGCACCACCGGGGGCUGGUUCAGCUCCGCGGGAGGGGCCGCACGGCACUGGGGACCAGACUGCCGCCUGGGGGGGGGGGCGGGCGCCCAGCCGGGCAGCCAAACGGGCACCAUGUGCCGGCACCAGAACCAGAACACGAUCCAGGAGCUGCUGCAGAACUGUGCCGACUGCCUGAUGCGGGCUGAGCUGAUCGUGCAGCCGGAGCUGAAGUAUGGGGACGGCAUCCAGCCGGCCCGCAGCCGGGAGCUGGACGACUGCUUCGCCCAGGCCAACGAGCAGAUGGAGAUCACCGACGGCCUGAUCCGGGAGAUGCGGCAGAUGGGCCAGCCCUGCGAUGCCUACCAGAAGAGGGAACAGGCAGCCCUGGCCCCGACCCCACGUCCAGCGCUGCACGCUUUCAGGGGCCCCUGGGUCUCGAGGGAGCCCCCUCCAGCGGAGAUGGACAUGAUGGCCUGGGGCGUGGACCUCGCGUCCGUGGAACAGCACAUUGGCAGCCACAGGAGCAUCCACAACGCCAUCGGGGACUACCGCUGGCAGCUGGACAAGAUCAAGGCCGACCUGCGGGAGAAGUCCGCCAUCUACCAGCUGGAGGAGGAAUACGAGAACCUGCUGAAAGCGUCCUUCGAGCGCAUGGACCACCUGCGCCAGCUGCAGAGCAUCAUCCAGGCCACGUCCCGCGAGAUCAUGUGGAUCAACGACUGCGAGGAAGAGGAGCUGCUGUACGACUGGAGCGACAAGAACACCAACAUCGCGCAGAAGCAGGAGGCCUUCUCGAUCCGCAUGAGCCAGCUGGAGGUGAAGGAGAAGGAGCUCAACAAGCUGAAGCAGGAGAGCGACCAGCUGGUGCUGAACCAGCACCCGGCCUCGGACAAGAUCGAGGCCUACAUGGACACGCUGCAGACCCAGUGGAGCUGGGUCCUUCAGAUCACCAAGUGCAUCGACGUCCACCUCAAGGAGAACGCGGCCUACUUCCAGUUCUUUGAAGAGGCCCAGUCGACAGAGGCCUACCUGAAGGGGCUGCAGGACUCCAUCAGGAAGAAGUUCCCCUGUGACAAGAACAUGCCUCUGCAGCGCCUGCUGGAGCAGAUCAAGGAGCUGGAGAAGGAGCGUGAGAAGAUCCUGGAGUACAAGCGCCAGGUGCACAACCUGGUGAACAAGUCCAAGAAGAUCGUGCAGCUGAAGCCCCGCAACCCCGACUACCGGAGCAGCAAGCCCAUCAUCCUCCGUGCGCUGUGCGACUACAAGCAGGACCAGAAAGUGGUGCACAAGGGUGACGAGUGCAUCCUCAAGGACAACAGUGAGCGCAGCAAGUGGUACGUGGCCGGCCCCGGCGGCGUGGACAUGCUCGUCCCCUCCGUGGGCCUCAUCAUCCCGCCGCCGAACCCCCUGGCCGUCGACCUGUCCUGCAAGAUCGAGCAGUACUACGAGGCCAUCCUGGCGCUGUGGAACCAGCUGUACAUCAACAUGAAGAGCCUGGUGUCCUGGCACUACUGCAUGAUCGACAUCGAGAAGAUCAGGGCCAUGACCAUCGCCAAGCUGAAGACCAUGCGGCAGGAGGACUACAUGAAGACCAUCUCGGACCUGGAGCUGCACUACCAGGAGUUCAUCCGCAACAGCCAGGGCUCCGAGAUGUUCGGCGACGACGAGCGGCGGCGGGUGCAGGCCCAGUUCACCGAUGCGCAGAAGCACUACCAGACCCUGGUCAUCCAGCUGCCCGGCCACCCGCAGCACCACCUGUGCUCGGUGCGGCCGCUGCUCCAGGCCAUCCUGCAGACGGAGGACAUGCUCAAGGUGUAUGAGGCCCGGCUCACCGAGGAGGAGACUGUGUGCCUGGACCUGGACAAGGUGGAGGCCUACCGCUGCGGCCUCAAGAAAAUAAAGAACGACCUGAACCUGAAGAAGUCGCUGCUGGCCACCAUGAAGGCGGAGCUGCAGAAGGCCCAGCAGGCACACUCACAGGCCUCACAGCAGUACCCGCUGUACGACCUGGACCUGGGCAAGUUCAGCGAGAAGGUCACACUGCUGACGGACCGCUGGCAGAGGAUCGACAAGCAGAUCGACUACAGUUGUGGGGUCUGGGCUGGGCACAGGCCUGGAGAGAACCCCGGGGCUCUACGGCUGCCCCCGGGGUCCAGCCCCGCGAACCUGCACAAUGAGAUCUGUGGCAAGCGGGACAAGUCUGAGGAGGUCCAGAAGAUCGCAGAGCUCUGCGGGAACUCCAUCAAGGACUAUGAGCUGCAGCUGGCGUCCUACACAUCGGGGCUGGAGACGCUGCUGAACAUCCCCAUCAAGAGAACCAUGGUCCAGUCCCCCUCAGGGGUGAUCCUGCAAGAGGCCGGGGACAUCCACGCCCGGUACAUCGAGCUGCUCACGCGCUCCGGGGACUACUACAGGUUCCUGAGCGAGAUGCUGAAGAGCAUGGAGGAUCUGAAGCUCAAAAACACCAAGAUCGAGGUGCUAGAGGAGGAGCUGAGGCUGGCCCGCGACGCCAACUCCGAGAACUGCCACAAGAACAAGUUCCUGGACCAGAACCUGCAGAAGUACCAGGCGGAGUGCUCCCAGUUCAAGGCCAAGCUCGUGAGCCUGGAGGAGCUGAAGCGCCAGGCCGAGCUGGAUGGGAAGUCCGCCAAGCAGAACCUGGACAAGUGCUACGGCCAGAUCAAGGAGCUCAACGAGAAGAUCACCCGCCUGACCUACGAGGUCGAGGACGAGAAGCGGAGGCGCAAGGCGGUGGAGGACAGGUUCGACCAGCAGAAGAGCGACUACGACCAGCUGCAGAAGGCCCGGCAGUGCGAGAAGGAGAGCCUGGGCUGGCAGAAGCUCGAGUCCGAGAAGGCCGUCAAGGAGAAGGAGUACGAGAUAGAGAGGUUGAGGGGUCUGCUGCAGGAGGAGGGCGCGCGGAAGCGGGAGUAUGAGAAUGAGCUGGCAAAGGUAAGAACCCACUAUAAUGAGGAGAUGAGUAAUUUAAGGAGCAAAUAUGAGACAGAGAUUAACGUGACGAAGACCACCCUCAAGGAGCUGUCCAUGCAGAGGGAGGACGACUCCAAGAGCCUCCGCGGCCAGCUGGACCGGCUCUCGCGGGAGAACCGGGACCUCCAGGCUGAGAUCGCGCGGCUGCACGACGGCGUCCUGCAGGCCUCCGAGCAGCGCCGGCGGGCCGAGGAGCAGGCGCUGCAGCACAAGGCCUGCGGCUCGGAGCAGGUGCAGCGCCGGCAGCAGCUGGAGCUGGAGCUGCGGCAGCUGGCCCAGCAGCGCGCCGAGGACGACGCGCGGCACAAGCAGUCGCUGGAGGAGGCGGCCAGGACCAUCCAGGACAAGAACAAGGAGAUCGAGCGGCUCAAGGCCGAGUUCCAGGACGAGGCCAAGCGCCGCCGGGAGUCCGAGCGCGAGCUGGCCAAGGCGCGCGGCUCGCACGACGAGGCGGUCGCCAGCCUGAGGAGCCAGUUCGAGGCCGAGAUCAACGUCACCAAGACCACCCUGCACCAGCUCACGGUGCAGAAGGAGCAGGACAGCAGCGGCUUCCGGGCCCAGGUGGACGCCCUCGGCCGCGAGAACCGCUGCCUGGCCGAGGAGGUGCAGCGGCUCAAGGGCACGCUGGCCCAGACCACGGACAGCCUGCGGCGGGCGGAGGAGGACGCCAAGGAGCACAAGGCCUGCGGCUCGGAGCAGGCGCGGCGCCGGCAGCAGCUGGAGCUGGAGCUGCGGCAGCUGGCCCAGCAGCGCGCCGAGGAGGGCGCCCGCUACAAGCAGUCGCUGGACGAGGCGGCCAGGACCAUCCAGGACAAGAACAAGGAGAUCGAGCGGCUCAAGCAGCUGCUGGAGCACCUGCAGAAAGCGGUGGAGGAGCGCAGCCGCGCGCUCAACGAGAGCAAGAUCGAGGUGGAGCGGCUGCAGUCGCUGACCGAGAGCCUGACCAAGGAGCACCUGCUGCUGGAGGAGGAGCUGCGCGCGCUGCGCCUGGAGCGCGACGAGGCCCGGCGCGGCCGCAACGAGGCCGCCAGCGGCAAGGACGCCACCAUCGCCGAGCUGCGCGGCCAGCUGCAGACCAGCAACGCCCGCACGCUGGAGCUGCAGGGGCUCAUUAAUGAUUUACAGAGAGAGAGGGAAAAUUUGAGACAGGAAAUUGAGAAAUUCCAAAAGCAGGCGUUAGAGGCGUCCAACCGGAUCCAGGAGUCCAAGACCCAGUGCACCCAGGUGGUGCAGGAGCGGGAGACGCUGCUGAUGAAGAUCAAGGUGCUGGAGCAGGACAAGGGCCGGCUGCAGCGGCUGGAGGACGAGCUGACCCGCGCCAAGGCCACGCUGGAGGCCGAGGGCCGGCUGAAGCAGCGCCUGGAGUGCGAGAAGGAGCAGAUCCAGAAUGACCUGAACCAGUGGAAGACGCAGUACUCCCGCAAGGAGGAGGCCGUGCGCAAGAUCGAGUCGGAGCGGGAGAAGAGCGAGCGCGAGAAGAGCAGCCUGCGCGGCGAGGUGGAGCGGCUGCAGGCCGAGGUCCGGCGCGUGGAGGAGCGCUGCCGGCGCCGGCUGGAGGACUCGUCGCGCGAGACCCAGGCGCAGCUGGACAGCGAGCGCUGCCGGCUGCAGCGGGAGAUCGACCGGCUGAGCCAGCGGCCCUACGGCUCGCACCGCGAGACCCAGACGGAGCACGCCUGGGCCGUGGACUCCUCCACGCUGGUGUUCGACGGGCUCCGGAAGAAGGUCACGGCCAUGCAGCUGUACGAGUGCCAGCUGCUGGACAAGGCCACGCUGGACAAGCUGCUCAAGGGCAAGAAGUCGGUGGAGGAGGUGGCCGCCGAGCUGCAGCCCUUCCUGCGGGGCGCGGGCGCCAUUGCCGGCGCCUCCGCCUCGCCCAAGGACAAGUACUCGCUGGUGGAGGCCAAGCGCAAGAAGCUGCUGGCCGCCGAGGCCGCCGUCAUGCUGCUGGAGGCACAGGCGGCCACCGGGGGCGUCAUCGACCCGCACCGCAACGAGCGGCUGACGGUGGACAACGCCGUCGCCCGCGACCUCGUGGACUUCGACGACCGGGAGCAGAUCUACACGGCAGAGAAGGCCGUCACCGGCUUCCACGACCCCUUCUCGGGCAAGACGGUGCCCCUGUCCGAGGCCAUCAAGAAGGGCCUGGUGGAGCGGGAGGCCGGCAUGCGCCUGCUGGAGGCCCAGCUGGCGUCCGGCGGCGUGGUGGACCCCGUCAACAGCGUCUUCCUGCCCAAGGACGUGGCGCUGGCCCGCGGGCUGGUGGACCGCGAGCUCUACCGCUGCCUCAACGACCCCCGCGACAGCCAGAAGAACUUCCUGGACCCCGUCACCAAGAAGAGGGUGGGCUACGCGCAGCUGCGGGAGCGCUGCCGUGUCGAGCCGCACACUGGGCUGCUGCUGCUGUCCGUGCAGAAGCGGAGCAUGUCCUUCCAGGGCAUCCGGCAGCCCGUGACCGUGUCCGAGCUGGUGGACUCGGGCAUCCUGCGGCCCUCCACCGUCAGCGAGCUGGAGUCGGGGCAGAUCUCCUACGACGAGGUGGGCGAGCGCAUCAAGGACUUCCUGCAGGGCUCUAGCUGCAUCGCCGGCAUCUACAACGAGACCACCAAGCAGAAGCUGGGCGUCUACGAGGCCAUGAAGAUCGGCCUGGUGCGGCCGGGCACCGCGCUCGAGCUGCUGGAGGCCCAGGCGGCCACGGGCUUCAUCGUGGACCCCGUCAGCAACCUGCGGCUGCCCGUGGAGGAGGCCUACAAGCGGGGCCUGGUGGGCAUCGAGUUCAAGGAGAAGCUGCUGUCGGCCGAGCGCGCCGUCACCGGCUACAACGACCCCGAGACGGGCGGCAUCAUCUCGCUGUUCCAGGCCAUGAACAAGGAGCUCAUCGAGAAGGGCCACGGCAUCCGGCUGCUGGAGGCCCAGAUCGCCACCGGCGGCAUCAUCGACCCCAAGGAGAGCCACCGCCUGCCCGUGGACAUGGCCUACAAGCGCGGCUACUUCAACGAGGAGCUCAGCGAGAUCCUGUCGGACCCCAGCGACGACACCAAGGGCUUCUUCGACCCCAACACGGAGGAGAACCUCACCUACCUGCAGCUCAAGGAGCGCUGCAUCAAGGACGAGGAGACGGGGCUGUGUCUGCUGCCCCUGAAGGAGCGCAAGCGGCAGGUGCAGACCUCGCAGAAGAACACGCUGCGGAAGCGCCGCGUGGUCAUCGUCGACCCCGAGACGGGCAAGGAGAUGUCCGUGCAGGAGGCCUACCGCAAGGGCCUCAUCGACUACGACACCUUCCGGGAGCUGUGUGAGCAGGAGUGCGAGUGGGAGGAGAUCACCAUCACCGGCUCCGACGGCUCCACCCGCGUGGUGCUGGUCGACCGCAAGACGGGCAGCCAGUACGACAUCCAGGACGCCGUGGACAAGGGCCUGGUGGACCGCAAGUUCUUCGAGCAGUACCGCUCCGGCAGCCUGAGCCUCACGCAGUUCGCCGACAUGAUCGCCCUGAAGAACGGCGUGGGCAAUGGCGGGGGCCCAGCCGGCGCUGGCGGCGCCGACGACGUCUUCGGGGGCUGCCGGCAGGAGUCGGCCAGCAAGGCGGCCACCUCCGUGUCCAGCGUCCGCGGCCUGACCGUCCGCAGCGGCUCCCUGUCGGACCCGCUGGAGGAGGCCGGCCCCAUCGCGGCCAUCUUCGACACGGAGAACCUGGAGAAGAUCUCCGUGACCGAGGGCAUCGAGCGUGGCAUCGUGGACAGCAUCACCGGCCAGCGGCUGCUGGAGGCCCAGGCCUGCACGGGCGGCAUCAUCCACCCCGCCACCGGCCAGAGGCUGGCCCUGCAGGACGCCGUCGCCCAGGGCCUCGUCGACCCGGACAUGGCCACCAGGCUGAAGCCGGCCCAGAAGGCCUUCGUUGGCUUCGAGGGUGUCAAGGGGAAGAAGAAGAUGUCGGCCGCCGAGGCCGUCAAGGAGAAGUGGCUGCCCUACGAGGCCGGCCAGCGCUUCCUGGAGUUCCAGUUCCUGACCGGCGGCCUGGUGGACCCCGAGGUGCACGGCAGGAUCAGCACAGAGGAGGCCAUCAGGAAGGGCUUCAUCGACGGCAGGGCGGCCCAGCGGCUGCAGGACACCAGCAGCUACGCCAAGGUGCUGACCUGCCCCAAGACCAAGCUCAAGAUCUCCUACAAGGACGCCAUGAACCGCUCCAUGGUGGAGGAUGUCACGGGCCUGCGCCUGCUGGAGGCCGCCUCCGUCUCGUCCAAGGGCCUGCCCAGCCCCUACAACAUGUCCUCCGCCCCCGGCUCGCGCUCGGGCUCGCGCUCGGGCUCGCGCUCGGGCUCCCGCUCCGGCUCGCGCUCCGGCUCCCGCAGGGGCAGCUUCGACGCCACUGGCAAUUCCUCCUACUCCUACUGUUACUCCUUCAGCAGCAGCUCCAUCGGGCACUAGGCGGCCCCGGGGGGCCCCCCCGCCGUGGCCGUGCGUCUGUGGGACUCUCUCGCCCUUAAACUCAAAAAGA